AUGUUUAACAAGUCGAUCGUCUCUCUUUUAGCUAUUGUAUCUUAUGUGAGUGUCAAUCCCGUCAUCGCAGGUCAGAGAUAUGAUAAUGCGAUUGGUACCAUUUAUUACGAUUUGAACGACGCUUGUAAAGUCUCAGGUGCAGAUGCCACAGGUGACAUGUCCAAUAUGAAAACUGGUAAUAACGCCUGUGGUUAUGCUGUUGGGAGCCUGGGUGCUUCAAGGGUCGUCGCCAUCAGUCAAUCGAUAUUUAGUAAUGACCUUUGCGGAUCCGAAAUCACCGUAUACAAGAACGGCCAGCCUGUUCAAUUCUCCGAAGGACCAUUAUUUGUAGGUGAUAUCUGUCCGGGUGGAGAAUGCACAGGGAAUCACAUCGAUCUUGGUGCCAAAGCUGCAGAUGAGAUCAAUGGAGGUGCAGGGUGUAAGAAUCCCAGUGGAUUCUCUUUCGAAAUUGGUGAUCAAAAGAUCGGCCCUUUAUAUUCGAGUAUAGCCGGGGCAUCAUUAGAAACAUGGAAAGCCAGUGGAGGAGGUACCAACAGUCAACAAAACACUCCUUCAACUUCAGCUUCAGGUCCAGGUUUGGGGAUAUCCUCCGCUUCUUCUGCUGCCGCUGCACCACCUCCAUCAAGUUCUCCCUAUCCUAUUCCUCCCGCGCCUUCGAGCUCAAAUCAACCUCAAGCCACCUCGUCUACCAGCCAAGAUUGUAACCCCACCACUCAAUCAUCCGUUUCAUCUCCUGCUAGUCAGCCUUACAAUUCAACGACGCAGAAUGGAAAUCCUGCCACUACUCAGCCUGUCAACCCUGCAACUUCUGCAGUUGCAGGUAUAAUUUCCACUGCGCUGUCCGGCGGUCCCACUGGUACUGCCACUCAAGGACAAUGGGCCGGAAAGUGGAACAAUGGGAAUGCUCUUUUCGCCGAGAAGGAGACUUUGCAAGGCUCAAAUAACACUUGUAGGAGAAGACGAAGAAGGAGAGGAUUGAAAUCACAUUAA